AAUUUGGGAGGAAGGGUGCUACAGCCAGCAACAUGGCUACUGGAGGUGAUCCUCAUGCUGCAUCAGAAGCAAUGCUAGAGAACGUGUGGGCGAGUUUUAUAGGUGGAGCAGAAUUCAGCGGAGAGACAGAAAAGAAGCCCGAAUUAUCCAAAGCUUGGGAAGGACUGCCCUGCCUUGAUGGGAGAGACGGAUCCAUGGAAAUUCUACAAAGGCUACCAAGCCUAGGAAGAUGGAUAUCAAUGGGCGCCGAGACUUGGGAGGAGCUUCUUGAUAGUACCAUUCCUGAGCGCAACAUAGAACCGUCAUGUAACUAUGAUCUAGAAAGCAGUACUACUAGCUCCUUCUCGGGCACAAAGGUAAAUGCUAUGAAAACAGAGAAGGUGGCAUCCCCACACUAUAGAGGAGUGAGGAGGCGGCCAUGGGGCAAGUAUGCAGCAGAGAUACGAGACUCAACAAGAAAAGGAGCCCGAGUUUGGCUUGGAACCUUUGAAACAGCUGAGGAAGCUGCUUUGGCUUAUGACAAGGCGGCUUUAAGAAUAAGAGGCGCAAAGGCAUAUCUCAACUUCCCACUUGAGACUGUUGCCAGGGCCAGAGGAAUUGCUUGUUCAGGAAAAGGAUUGAGUUAUUCAUCUACUGCUUCUCAAGCGUACGGCUCAGCAUCUCCAAUUCUUGGCUGCAACGAGAGGAUUGCCAAUCCUCGGAAGAGACCAUCAACAAACUGGGAAGAAAACAACGAAGUGAAGAUGGAAAAACCUCCAUCAAAGAAAAUGGCAAGCUUAGAAGAUGUAUACUGGAACGAAUUUGAUGUACUGGAGUUUCCGGACCUUGGGAGCGAUUACUUAGAUAGUUUGCUGUCCUCUAUCUAACAAAGAAACCAUGGAUGGGGACAGCCCAAAUAUGAAAUCGGGUGGUCUGAAUUCAUUUGUAGCUACACAUACAUGAUACAUCUACCAGUAAGAAUUUGCCUUCCAUAGACAAAAUUGGAGGAUGAGUCAGCAGAACAGUGAUUAUUUUAUCAAUAGCAGUGCUUGUAAUUUUUGAAGAAGUUCAACAUCUUGUUUUAAUUUCAGACCA